AUGUCAGAUGACGAAGUGAUUCGUUUUGAAAUAACUGAUUACGACUUAGACAAUGAAUUCAAUCCUAACAGAAACCGUAAAGCUAAGAAAGAACAUCAAAUAUAUGGUGUUUGGGCUAAAGAUAGUGAUGAGGAAGACAAUGAAGAUAAUAUCAGGCAGAGAUCAAGGAAACCUAAAGACUUUUCUGCCCCUAUUGGAUUUGUUGCGGGUGGAGUUCAGCAGGCCGGCAAAAAGAAAGAAGCUAAUAAAGAGUUACAACCUACAGAAGCAUCUACAUCUCGACCAAAAAUUGUGAACAGUUCAGACGAAGAAGAUGGAGUUGAUGAGCCUUUGCCCUCGGACACCGCUGGUAUACGAAGGCAGGGGCAGGGAAUGAGGCCACCUAAUCUCGGUGGCAAUGUUGGUGCAUGGGAAAAACACACUAAAGGCAUUGGGGCUAAGCUAUUAUUACAGAUGGGAUACCAACCUGGUAAAGGUCUCGGUAAAGAUCUUCAAGGAAUAUCUGCACCGGUGGAGGCUACUGUGAGAAAAGGCAGAGGUGCAAUAGGUGCUUAUGGACCAGAAAAGGCAGCUCUGAAGGCUAAGAAAGAAGAGGAGCGGCGCCUGAAAGAGAAAGAAGAGCAAGAGAAAGGGACUUCGGAGAAGACCUACAACUGGAAGAAGUCUCAUAAAGGGCGUUACUUCUACCGCGAUGCGGAGGACGUCAUACAAGAGGGUAAACCCACGAUGCAUACUAUUGGCAGUAGUGAACUGGCUCGGGUACCAGUUAUCGAUAUGACUGGCAAACAGAAGCGCGUGUUAAGUGGGUACCACGCGCUGAGGGCGGCGGCACCAAGAUACGAGCACGAGCCAAGGAGGCAGUUACAGCAUUUCUCUGCACCACAGCUGACACACAACUUGCAGAUGGUCGUCGAUUGUUGUGAACAGGAUAUCAUUCAAAAUGCUCGCGAGCUUCAAGCAGCAGAAGAUGAGAUAGUUGUUCUGGAAAGGGAUUUAGAAGAAUGUGACAAAAAUCUCGUAGAACAAGAUGAAGUGCUCAAUAAAGUAGAAGCUAUAUUGCAAAGGGUCGAGGAGUUGAAUAAGCCUGAUGUGUCAUUAGAGACAUCAUAUGAAGUGCUUGCAGAUUUAAAGGAAACCUUCCCUCUAGAAUACGAAAUGUUCGGCCUCGGCACCAUAGGAGGUAACAUAGUCAGCCCCUUACUCAGUGCUCUACUAGCAAAGUGGGAUCCGCUACAGUUUCCAGAAGAACCCAUUCCAACAUUCCUGAAGUGGAAGAAACUGCUUACAGAAGAAGCUUACAAUAGUUUACUGUGGCAACAUUUCAUACCCCAUGUUACUUCGGCUGCAGAGACGUGGAACCCGCGGUCGCCGGAGCCGAUGGUGCGUGUGUUCGAGGCGUGGCGUGCGGCCGCGACCGACUGGCUGCUGCGAGCGGGCGCCGCGCGCGCCGUGCUGCCCGCGCUAUUGGCCGCCGUGCGCGCCUGGGACCCCACGCUCGACACGCAGCCGCUGCACGCUUGGGUGCUGCCCUGGCACGAGCUGGCCGGUGACGCGUUGGCGGCAAGCGCGUACCCGCUGAUCCGCGCGCGGCUGGCGGGCGCGCUGGGCGCUUGGCACCCGGCCGACGGCUCCGCGCGCCCCCUGCUGGCCGCCUGGCGCAGCGCGUGGGGCGACCAGCUGCGCCCGCUGCUGCUACACCACGUGCUGCCCAAGCUCGAGCACUGCCUGCAGCACGCGCCGCUCGAGCUCGUUGGCCGCGAAAACACGGCGUGGCUGUGGUGCGUGCAGUGGGUGGAGCUGCUGGGCGCCAGCACCGUGGCGGCGCUGGCGGCGCGCGCGCUGCUGCCGCGCUGGCUGGCCGCGCUGGCCGCCUGGCUCAACACCGCGCCGCCGCACGCCACCGUGCUCGCCUCCUACACGCACUUCAAGGUGAGCCGCACGCACACACGCACACACAACUGGCUGGCCGCGCUGGACGCCUGGCUCAACACCGCGCCACCGCACGCCCCCGUGCUCGCCUCUUACACGCACUUCAAUGUGAGCCGCACGCACACACGCACACUCACCUGGCUGGCCGCGCUGGCUCGCCUGGAUCAACACCGCGCCGCCGCACGCCACCGUGCUCGCCUCCUACACGCACUUCAAUGUGAGCCGCACGCACACACAACUGGCUGGCCGCGCUGGCCGCCUGGCUCAACACCACGACGCCGCACGCCGCCGUGCUCGCCUCCUACACGCACUUCAAUGUGA